ACGACAUCGCACCCCCCGGAUCGCGCUGGCGAUGUCCGACGCGCAACUCUUCGCCAACUCGCCAAAGACACCCCGAAAACCAAAACAAAACAAAUCAAAGCGUUCGAUUCAGUUGUUGUCACACCGGGAAAAAAUGAUCGCAACCCGUUGAAACAAUAGAACAAAGCGCACGGUUUUUAUUCGCGCCGGAAACGCGCACAAAGCAAGAUGAGUGACGGCCUUCAGACGCACCACCAACUCCGAAUCGAAGACAUUAAUAUUCCCUUCGACUGCGACUCAAAUGGUUGUUUCAUAAAGUCAAUAAUAACAAGUUGUCAAACACUUCAAAACUACUAAAAUUUAAUAAUAAUAUGUUGCGCACAUCUAAUCUCAACAGAAAUUUAUUACAACUCGUAAAAUUAAUAAAAUUAAACCGCGUUAAAAUUAUGUGCGACAUAAAAUCUAACCAAGAGUAAAAAUUUAGAUAAAUUGUUAAAGUGCGCUACUAAUUAAAUUCGUAAUUAAAUUAACAACUAUUAACAUGUUCGCCAACGAAAAGAUGAUAAUACUUUUAGUUCUCUUCAUUAAGUUUGGUAAAUGUUUGGGAGACGAAAAUGAAGCACGCCUAAUGCGACACUUAAUGGCCAACUACGAUCCUGCGGUGCGACCAGCCGAAAACUCAUCGCUACCGCUCACUGUGAUUUUCGGCGUCUCUCUGCAUCACAUCAUCGAUGUUGAUGAAAAAAAUCAAAUUUUGACCACAAAUUGUUGGAUUACACAAAUUUGGAUCGACCAUCAUCUCAAAUGGAACGUAUCGGAGUUUGCGGGCAUCAAAGUGAUUCGAAUACCAUUCCAACGAGUAUGGCGGCCGGAUAUUAUCCUUUAUAACAACGCCGACCCCCAAUACCAAUCGUCUGUGAUCAAUACGAACGUGAUAGUCUCGAGCAAUGGCGAAGUGGUGUGGCUAUCACACGGCAUUUAUCGCUCCUCUUGUGAUAUAAACGUCGAGUACUUUCCGUUUGAUCUCCAGACCUGCCACAUGAAGUGGGCGUCGUGGACCUACGACGGUUAUCAGGUAGAAUUACAGAAGCAAACCGAAGAGGGUGACAUGUCGAAUUAUCAACCGAAUGGCGAAUUCGACUUGCUCAAUUUCUACGCGGUGAAACACAUACAUGUGUAUUCCUGUUGUCCGGAACCUUAUCCGGACAUCACGUACAGUAUUAAACUCCGAAGACGUCCGAUGUUUUACGUUUUCAAUUUGAUUCUACCAUGUAUCUUGAUUAAUUGUAUUGCACUACUGGUCUUCUACGUGCCGUCGGAGUCCGGUGAAAAAGUGACACUCGGCAUAAGUGCACUGCUCUCAAUGACAGUGUUCCUGAUGACGAUACGCGAAACUUUGCCACCGACGGAAAAAACUCCUUUAAUCAGCCUCUAUUACGGCACGAGCAUAUGUCUGGUCACGUUUGCCUCCGGCCUCUCGGUAGUCACGCUCAACAUUUACCAUCGGGGAGUGCGCGGCGCUGCCGUCCCCAAUAUCGUACGCACUGUCGUCCUGGAGCGGAUGUCCAGACUGAUCUUUAUGCGUUUCGAAAUGACUCAACUCACACAGAAUCUCCCAAAUCGGACAGUCAAUAAGGAAAUCAAUCCACAGACGGGCACAAGACUUGAUAGUCCAUGGCCGUGGACCGAUAAAGUACCCACCGAAGACGGAUACUAUCUUCAACAUCGACAUCAACAACGUUCCCCCAGAUUUGUCCCUCGGAAUCGCGCGGAAAACCUCGAUGCAUUCGAAAAUCAAAUUAUACGAAUCCUUAACAAAGUCCACGCGAGUAUUGACCGCAACGAAACGCGCUUGACGGAACAGGAGCGCCGUGAGUUGAUCGAGAUGGAAUGGAAGCAGACUUCGAUUAUUCUCGAUCGCAUGCUGCUGUGCAUCUUCGUCCUGAUUACGAUUAUUUCGACGACGACGAUUCUGUGCCGCAGUCCGGCGGACACUGGUGACCCGCAGUGACUCUGCACUUCCGCCUUGUCCGCCAUGUUCGUCGUGCGCGUCAUACAAUACUAAAAUGUUGCGUUGCGAUACAUGAAAUAUUACAACUUAUACGAAAUAUUCUAGCUAACGUUUAAGAUACUAAGAUAUUACUUAAGAUAUUACAAUACUAACACACGUGUAUGAUAUAAGCUAGAUUAAGUUGAAAUAACGUGUACUUCAUUGUCAAUAUCUUCAAAUUCUUGAGUGUUACCAUCGAGUGUAACCGAUCUACUUGUGACUAUUGUAAGCAUUGCGUAUAUUAAGUUAAAUAAUAGAUGGUUCAAAUGAU